AUGCAAGUCCAUAAUGGUCGCAUCACAACAUUCAGCUUUCUGAGUUUGCAAACAAGCUGGGUAAAUGAAGGAGACUCAGUGACUCUGGGAUGUAAGGUUAGAUCCUCCUCCAAAUGGACAUUCCUCUGGUACAGAGUUGUUCCCUACAGAGAGGACUUGCCCUAUGUCCAGUACAGAUGGGGCCAUUACUCUGCAGAGCUCCUCCCAGACAGCAGCAGAGGAUCUGGACGCUACACUCUCAGCCCUGCUGCUCCUAAACACACUGGGCUUUAUGUGUGCAGAGCAGAGAUAGGAGACCCAGCCUAUCAGACAGACUACAGCAAUGCUGAGCGUCUUUGGGUUGUAGGUCUUUCUCCUCCAGCCUCUCUGGUCAUCACACCCAACAGACUUCAACAUUUCGUACACAACUCUCUCUCCAUGAGCUGUGUGGCACAGGACAAGUCAGGCAGAUGGAAGCUAAGAUGGGAGACAGGUAGACCCGAAGGAGCAGAAUGUCCUCAGGAGUGGACGUCAGAGGCAGCAUCCACAUGCAGCAUCAGAAGCCUGUCCUUUCAUGACAGUGGGAUGUACUGGUGUGAGUCUGAGUCCAGGGAAUAUAGCAAUGCUGUCAAAAUUGUGACAGACAACAACGUGAUUCUGGACAUUCCUGCCUACCCUGUGACUGAAGGAGAUCCUAUGACUCUACACUGCAUAUUCCGGAACAGUUCCGCCUACUCCGCUGCUGAUUUCUAUAAAGAUAAUUCACUCCUUCAGAGCCAGACCACAGGAGAGAUGACUAUCACUGCAGUGUCCAAGGCACAUACGGGCUCCUAUAGGUGUAAACAUUCAGUGCUGGGACAGUCACCAAGGAGCUGGAAGACCGUUAUCAUCCGUAAUGGUCCCUCCUCAAUAUUUAGCAUCAAACCACAACUCAUGAUAUUUCCACACAGCUGGGUAACUGAGGGGGACUCAGUGAAUCUGGCUUGUGUGAUUGGGAACACCUCCUUGAACUGGACAUUCCUCUGGUACAGAGUUGUUCCCUUCAGCAAGGACUUGCCUUAUGUUGGCCUGAGACAAAAACAUUACUCUGCAAAGCUCCUCCCAGACAGCAGCAAAGGAGCUGGACGCUCCUACACUCUCAGCCCUGCUGCUCUUCAACACACUGGGUUUUAUGUGUGCAGAGCAGAGGGAGGAGAUCCAACCUAUCAGACGGGUUUCAGCAAUGUUCAUCCUCUUUCGAUUAGUGGUCUGUCUUCUCCAGCCUCUUUGGUCAUCAGACCCAACAGAUCCCAACAUUUUGCAAAUGGCACUAUUUCUGUGAGCUGUGAGUUGCAGGACAACUCUACCAGGUGGAAGCUAAGAUGGCAGACAGGACAAUAUGAAAUUACAGAGUGUCCUUCUGGGUGGACUUCAGAAGAAGAGUUCACAUGCAGCACCAGACACCUAGCCCCUCAUGACACUGGGCUGUACUGGUGUGAGUCUGAAUCUGGACAAUACAGCAAUCUUGUCCACAUUACUGUGACAAAAUAUAACACUGUGAUUCUGGAGAGCCCUCCCCACCCCGUGACUGAAGGAGAUUCGUUGACUCUGCGCUGUUUAUCUCGGAACGGUACCUCAGUCAACGGUGCUGAGUUCUAUAAAGAGAAUUCACUCAUCCAGACCACGACUACAGGAGAGAUGAGCAUCCCUUUGAUCUCAAAGGCACAUGAGGGCCACUACAAGUGCAAACACCCAGAGCUGGGAAGGACACCACACAGUUGGGUCAUAGUCAUCAGAUCUCCCAUCUCAGUGUUCAGACUGGUCAGGUCUUUAGUGGUGGUCUCUCCAUAUCUGCUGGUAACCGUCAUGCUGGUGGUCCAUUGCUUGAAAUCUAAGAGUCGAUCCAAAGUAGACGAAGACAAGGGAAAACAUGAAGUUUCAGAGGCCGAAACAUGCAUAUAAAGCUCUUCAUGAUGCAGCACCCCGAAACAUGAAUAUAAAGCUCUUCAUGAUGCGGCACCCCGAAAUAUGUAUAUAAAGCUCUUCAUGAUGUACCACCCAUAGAUAUUAGAAAGCUAGAUACCGCAUUGUCCGUUGAGUUCUAUUAGGUAGCAUCGUAAGCGUGGCCGCAAUAUUGCUGGGGCAACUCUUUUACUGUCUAUGGGCAACACUUGCCAGGAAUCAGAGACAUCUGUCUGAUUUUCAAUCAGAGACACGUUUCUCCAUUGGCCUCCAGUGAUUGUUGCCCCCACCAAGAUGGCGUCGCUAUUUACGUACGUUCUGGAGCCCAAUGCAUUAUCUAGCUUUCUAAUAUCUAUGGUAGCAUCUCGAGACAUGUAUAUAAAGCUCUUCAUGACUUAACACCCACUUACAUUGUGGAUUCUGUCCCUUAAGAUACCUCUUAGAUAACUAAACAUAUAUUUUAGCCAAUUAGUAAUAUUUUACUCUUUUGAUUGUUUCUUAUCUAUGUUUUUAUUCAUUUUAUUAUUUCAUAUCUUAGUUAUUGUUUUUCAAAGUGGUUUAUUAUUUUAUUUGAAUUUGAUAAAAUAUAAGGAUUUGAAUUUGAUAAAAUAUAAGGGUUCACAUUUGUUUAUUG